UUUUCGAUGCAAGUCUGCAUCAUGCAAGCGCAAGCGCAUGGAUCCACUAUCCUUGAAUGCCAAUGGAGAACCUUAAAGCAAGAACCUAAAUAAGCAAGAAGUUUCUGAUCUCAGUUCUCAUGCUUUUCAAAUUCAAUGCAGUCGUUCUCAUAUUGUCCAGAUCUCAAUCUGCCACCAUUGAUGAGUAGACGAGAACAACCUGUAGAGUUCACACGGACGUUCUCGCGACCUCAAUUGCAGCAGCUCAAAGCAGAAUAGUCAGAUUGACAGCUGUGUUGCUGUUGGCUGCAACCAUGGUGAAGAUCUUUCUGACUGGUGCCACAGGGUACAUUGGCAGCGUGAUUGCAGAGUUUGCCCUCAAGGCCGGUCACACGGUGCGGGGCUUGGCGCGCAGCGAAGCGUCCGCUGAAAAGCUCAGGGCCAAAGGAGUGGAUCCAGUCAUUGGGGACUUGCACACGCUCGACGUUCUGAAAGAAGAGGCACAGAAAGCUGAUGCUGUCCUCCAUCUCGCUUUCAUCCACGACUUUGACAAGUACGAUGAGGCCCUGGCGCAAGACCAGAAGGUGAUUGGCGCUUUCACAGAGGCGCUGGCUGGGACCAAUAAGGUUCUUGUCGGAACGUCAGGUUCUGGUGUAUAUGAGGACACCGGCGAUCAGGUUGCGAAUGAGGAGACGGAGCUGAAGCCCGGACCCGGGGGAGCGGCACGCGUCGCUUCCGAGCAGGCUUAUGUGCAGGCAGCAUCGCGCGGUGUCCGCAGCGCAGUCAUGCGGCUCGCGCUUCACGUUUACGGGCGGAACGGCAGCACCUUCAUACCCAUCCAGAUCGCGAAGGCGAAGGAAGAUGGCGUUGUACGAUACAUCGGCGAAGGGUCAAACCUGACGACCGUGAUACACGUGGAGGACGCUGCAUCCGCAUACGUGUUGGCCGUUGAGAAGCCUUUCACACCAGGCACGGUCUUCAACAUCGGUGACAAAUACGACACCCAAGUGACCGGUAAAAAGAUCGCCGAGGCGAUCGCCGAGCGGCUAUCGCUUUCUCGUAUUGAGAGCGUGCCCUUCGAAGAGGCGGCCAAGAUUUGGAACCCGACGCUCGCCUGGUUCUUCUCGAUCACCAACCGGUACACGUCGGAAGUGGCGGAGAAAGAGCUCGGUUGGAGAGUCCCCGCGGGGCGGUCCAUCUUGAAGGACAUUGUGGAGGGCGGUCGGUUGGCAUCGUAGGAAGAUCGGGUCGUGGCUGAGUUGUAUACUUCCGAGACUGGAAAGACAGAAACGAGGAAGUGAGAAAAUGGGCCUUUCAUCUGUGCUCCGAACGGCAGCCGGAAUUCUGCUUUGGGCUUCGCCAAGUUGCUGGAGGCAUUCCGAAAUCUUAACACAACCGAGUUUUCUUGAUAGAGGGCAUUUACAAAGUGUGCUAUUUUGCUAUAAUGCUCGCUUUGCAGAACCAGAUAGCUAUCCUGCAUGCAGUUUUGAGCCAAAACGUUGUGCAAGCUAACACGUCAACUGACAGUGUUUGGGAUCGAUUCGAGUUGAGCAUGGACUUUAUUGAAUAAGUACUAACCAGUCGCGACGAGGGCCUAAGGGCCUGGCUCCGCAAGUGAAGGUGACAAGAUGACACGUGAUGCGCGCGUUCCGACGCUUGCAUGCGUUGUGCCAUAAUAUAGAUUAAAGCGCUUUGGAUUUAAGUUAAUGGCGACCCUACGCUUAGAACGAUGCAGCCGCUGGCAACGAUUCUAAAUUGAGCUCCGCAGCAACAUACACUCAGCUGCACAUGUGUGCAAGCCAUCCGAGUCUUUGCUUGGCUAUUUGAUUAGUACCUUAGAGGGAGAACAUUUAACUACCCACGCGCAGAACCAAGUCGUCCUCGUUCUUACGAGAUCUUUAGCCUAGAGCUUUCUAGGAGUUCAAUUAGGGCUACCAUAGUGCCGCGGUGCCAAAUCGUGCCCACGUGUCCAUUCAUGCUUCUUAACUAGCCGGAAGAACAUUAGACUCGCGGCCGGAUACAGAUUUGCCAGAUCCUUUGGGCAAGACUACAGUAAGUGGACGGUCCGAAGAGGACAGGGCCCGCGGCUG